AGAGCAAGCUAUUGAAGACACAAAGAGAAGAAUUUAUAUUUUAAACGAAACUCAAAAAGUUGUCUCUCUGACCUGUGAAUCUGUAGGAGUGUCGGGGGAUUCUGAAAAAGGCUGAGACUAAAGUGAUAAAAACUGGAAGAAGAAACUAUAAAGGUCUCAAAGCUUUAGCUGUCCGGGCUCAUUGUAGAAUAUAAUUGGUGUGGUUCCUCCACAGGAGAUUUUUAAUUUUUUGCUUUCCUGAAUUGUAACAAACACAACUCCGAGACAGAGCUGAGACUAGGUUGCUGGCAAGCUGGAAGCCAGCUGGGAACCAAUCAGCGCGCAGUGGCGCUGUGUGUAUAUAUAACACACACAUUCUCGGUCUGGGUACUCAACUCUUGAGUCUUUAAUUUUUUACUGUUAGGCAUCCACACCAACAACCAUGUCUGAAAUCGUACCUGCUGCGCCUCCUGUUACUUCUGCGGAAAAGACGCCUGUGAAGAAGAAGGCUCGCAAGUCUGCUGGUGCCGUGAAGCGCAAGGCGUUCAGGCCCCCGGUAUCCGAGCUCAUCACCAAGGCUGUCGCCGCUUCCAAGGAGCGCAGCGGCGUGUCCCUGGCUGCGCUCAAGAAGGCGCUGGCAGCUGGCGGCUACGACGUGGAGAAGAACAACAGUCGGAUCAAGCUGGGUCUCAAAAGCCUGGUGAGUAAGGGAACCCUGGUGCAGACCAAGGGCACUGGCGCCUCGGGCUCUUUCAAGCUCAACAAGAAGUCGGCCACCGGAGAAGCCAAGCUCAAAGCCAAGAAAGCUAGCGCGACCAACCCCAAGAAGGCUACUGGGCCAAAGAAGCCCAAGAAGGCCACAGGCGCUGCCAGUCCGAAAAAAACCGCUAAGAAGACCCCGAAGGCAAAGAAACCAUUAGCAGGUACCGGGGCCAAGAAAGUUGUCAAGAGUCCGAAAAAGGUGAAGACAGACAAACCGAAGAUGGCCAAGAGUCCAGCCAAGGCCAGAAUUCAUAAGCACAAGGUAGGCAAGCUUAAAGCGGUCAAGCCAAAAAAGGCGGCCCCAAAAAAGAAGUAAGAAAAAAAGACUUGAGUACCUUAAAGGCUCUUUUCAGAGCCACCCAAUUAAUCUUAAAGAACUUGUAACACCAUUUUUGCCGGAGGCGGAGGUUGGGAGGAGCGGUUUUAUUUCCUCGCUCGGAAUGGAGGUCCCAGUGCACAGGAAUCUUUCAGAGAAAAGGUGGUUGGCUCUGAAAAGAACCUUUGG